AUGGGAGACGCCUACGAACGUGAACAACAAAACAAUGCCCUCCUCAACUCCCUAUCUAGCAAAGUCUCGGCCCUGAAGUCCGUCACCAUCGAUAUCUACGAUAAUGCCCGGGACCACGAAACGCUGGAUCACUCUAGCCAGGUCUUCUCCUCCCUGUCGACGAACCUCAAAGGCAGCGCGAGCCGCUUGACCCGCAUGGCGAAACAGGGGGAUACGGUUGCGAUUAUGAAAGUCGCGGGGAUCGUGAUUGGCGCGGGGAUUGCGCUGUGGUUGUUGCUGGGGUGGAUUUUCUGA